AUGGUUGAAUUUUAUUUUCAUGAUGGGAAAGAUACUCCUGAUAAUUUUACUGAAGCUCAUAAUUCUGGAGAAUCAGUUAGUUUUUCACAACUUGAAGAAAUUGGAGUUAUUUAUAAAUAUAUUACUAGUCAAGAAGAAUUAGAUGAAUUAGCUAAAGAAAGAGAAUAUAAAAAUAGAGAUCAAGUUAAAUUAAAUUUAGAAUCAUUUGGAAAUGAUAUUGAAGCUUAUAAUUCAAAAAUGAAACAAUUUUAUAAAGAACAUUAUCAUGAAGAUGAAGAAAUUAGAUAUAUUAUUGAAGGUGAAGGAUAUUUUGAUGUUAGAGAUAAACAAGAUCGUUGGAUAAGAGCAAAAUUAAGUAAAUUUGAUUUAUUAAUUUUACCUGCUGGUAUUUAUCAUAGAUUUACGUUAACUAAUGAUUUAAAAAAUGUUACUGCUGUUAGAUUAUUUAAAGAUGAACCUAAAUGGGAAGCCAUCAAUAGAGAUUCCGGUAAAAAUUCAUUUGCUCGUCAACAAUAUGCUAAAAGUAUUUCUGUAUAA